AUGUCGCUAGAGCAUACCAGCGUUACCGCUCUUUCACCCACGGGCAAUCUGUUCCCUCAUAAUUUGUUCCCAAGGGAAUUUAACACAUCAUCUUAUAAGUCAAUGCAAAUGAUGGAUACGAGAGCCCAGACUUAUCUAAUAUCGCUUAGUAACAUUCCUCCAUCAUCACUAUCGGAGAACCAACAAGAUAUUCGUCGUGUACAACGGCAACGUCAAAUUUUAACCGGAUCUCAUAUAUUGAAUGUUCCACAUUCUCAACACUCAUCUGUCGAUGUUAAUCGUGAUAGACUUGGUGACAGGCACUCAAGUCGUGGUUCACACGAGCUCGAACGAAACGGUUCAUUGGAUUUGCUGGUCGACUCGGCUGUGAAUUUAGGAGAUUCGGAUUAUUUAAAUACUGGGAUCACGGCCAACUCGAGUCCACCGACUUCUGAGGUUGAUAUUAAAUUGGAACAAAAACGAUUGGAGCACGAACGUCAACGCAAAGAGCAGCGCAAAUUAUUUGAAGCCCAAAUGAAGAUUCUUGAACUUCAACAACUCAGGGAAGAGCAGGAUCUGCUUGAGAAACAUCAUUCCAAUUGUGCCAGCUCUAAUAGUGCACCAAAUACUCCUCCUUCGUUGGCAUCAAAUGAUACCCGCGCUCGGUCAAACACUAUACCGAGGUUAAAUUCUCCAAAAGUAAAUGAUUCUCAGAAUCCUACCCGAUUUGACCCUGUUCAUUCCGCAUCAUUCGGUCAAAACGUCCAUCAGAGCUCUCAGGUGUCAUCUCGUUCGGUCCCAAGUUCGCGGCGUAACUCCAACGAAAUUCCGGAAAAACCCGUACUGCCCGAGAUGGAAAACUUGUGCCUUAACACGAAAAACGAAAAUCCUGAUAAUAUGGAAAAAGAUUUCAUGCGUACCACGAACUUGAUCUCGAAUGUAAACUCGCACCUGAUGACCGGAUCAAAUGCAGUUAACGCGUCUAAUAAUGAUACAUCGUUUCCGCCGUUCAACGGAAACUUUUUGCUUGAUGAUGACGGUGAAUCUCCCACAACGGGUUUGAACGCGAAUCCUUCGUCGUUGUAUAUCAAUCAUUAUCUCCAGAUGCAUUCGGACGAUGACAAGUUUCCGAUAUUGGUCCGUCGUGAUAGUUAUCCGGGCAUGUUAUCGGCAUCUUCCGCUGCCCUUGACCUGGCUCCUUUACCGCAAACACCCUCGCGUCAUCGGGGUUUAGACUCUAUUCGUAACGCUGAUUGGACGCAUGAUGAUUUGUCCGAAGACCAUCGUGAAUCACGUGGUCAUAUGGCACCUUUAUUCCCAGAGAGUCAAGUAUCCUGCAACAAGAAACCAGUCGUUACUUCCGCGUCUGGUGUUGUGACCCCGGGAGUCAGUGAACCAAAUGGGUUGAUGUAUGUUAAUGAUCGAAAAAAUUUGGAUAAUUUGAUAGGCGACAAUCCAUCAUGCGUCAAGUCCAGGGCACCAAAACUUUCGACCUCAUAUUCAACUCCGGAUUUAGCUAGCGCAACCCGAUUGUUCGGUCACCGUUCUUCUGUGAUCGGUUGUCAGACGGUGGGCGAGGUGCUUGUUGAACUCGAUAAUCCGAUGACACAAGCUAAUCAGAUGCAAAACACCAAUGAUUCUGGUAGUGGCAUAUGCAGAUUCUUUCAACAAGGAUUGUGUACUCGAGGUGAAAGAUGUCAGUACGCUCAUACUCAUGCUUAUGGUGGAAUGUCCAAUGCAUCAACUUUCUAUGGUCAAUAUAAUAUGACUGGUAGGGGUGGGAUCAACAUGUUACCAGGGGUUUCCGGAUUUGGAUAUAGUCAGAAUCUUGCCAACAACGUUUCCACAAUUAACUCUAAUAAUAAUAUACGAUCUCUUAUGCAAAACAAUAACUUGGUCCUUUCUAAAAUGAAUCAAAAGCGAUUGAGCGCUGAUCUUGAGGUUAACAGGUUUUCCGGUGUGUUGCUGGAGGAUUUGGUCGGUGAAAUAUACUCCCUUUGUAAGGAUCAACAUGGAUGCCGUUAUUUGCAAAAGAAGCUCGAGGAAAAGAAUGAUCAAUACCUUAGCAUAAUUUUCAAUGAGGUUUUCAGUCACUUUGUAGAACUUAUGACAGAUCCAUUCGGCAACUAUCUUUGUCAAAAACUCCUUGAAUACUGUAACGACGACCAACGCACAAUUAUCAUUGAGACCGUCGCUCCGGAACUGGUGAAUAUUUCGCUUAACAUGCACGGUACUCGUGCAGUUCAGAAGAUGAUUGAAUUUUUAUCGACGCCGAAGCAGGUUCGUACGGUAAUCGUGGCUUUAAACCAUAACGUCGUGACCUUGAUUAAAGAUUUGAAUGGCAAUCAUGUUAUCCAAAAAUGUUUGCAUCGGUUAAGUUCCGAGGAUAAUCAGUUUGUAUACAACGCUGUCAGUAAAAAUUGCGUUGAAGUUGCGACGCACCGCCACGGCUGUUGCGUGCUUCAAAGAUGCAUAGAUCACGCCAGCGAAUCACAAAAGAUUCAGCUUGUAACUGAAAUCACAUUCAAUGCGCUUACAUUGGUUCAAGAUCCUUUUGGUAACUAUGUGGUUCAGUACGUCUUGGACCUUGGCGACAGUCGUUUUAAGGAUGCGUUGAUUCGAAAGUUUAUUGGCAAUGUGUGCUUGCUAUCUGUGCAAAAGUUCAGUUCUAACGUCAUGGAAAAAUGCAUCAGAGUUUCCGAGCCGGAAACGCGCAAAUUGUUAAUUGACGAAAUGCUCAACAUGAAUCGACUCGACAAGUUAUUGCGCGACUCGUAUGCAAACUACGUUGUCCAAACAUCUCUCGAUUAUGCGGACCCCGUGCAGCGUGCUCAACUUGUGGAUUGCAUCCGACCUCUUUUACCGGCCAUUCGCAAUACGCCGUACGGAAAGCGCAUCCAAGGAAAGCUUCACCGCGAACAGAUGCAAGCCUUAAAUACGAUCAACAGCCUUAACAUGAACAAUAUGAACAUACUUAGACUUCCAUUUAACAGUUUGGGAAAUUUCAAUAUGGUUGGCUUGAAUGAUUUUACACGAGGUUAUCCAUAUUUGUAA